AUGGAUCUCGUACGUAAUAUUAUACGUGCUAUAACACCGCUACCAGAUGGCGAUUUUGCUGAUCGUACAAGUUAUUGCUAUACGUCAACCAUAUUAAUCGUGUUGUCUGCUUUUAUAUCCGGUUGGAGUUUCAUUGGAAGUCCAAUACAGUGUUGGUUCCCAGCAUAUUAUAAGGGAUGGUGGAUUGAAUAUGCGCUUGAUUAUUGCUAUGUUCAAAAUACUUAUUUUCUACCGUUCACCGAAAUCAAACCGGCCAACUUUUGGGAUAUCACGGAACAUAUUAUACCCAUUCCAAAAAAUAUUACAGAAAGAGAGAAUCGUUUGAUAGGCUAUUACCAAUGGGUACCAUUCAUUUUAGCAUUACAAGCUAUUCUCUUUUAUAUUCCUGUUAUCUUGUGGAGAUCAGUUUAUUCUAGUCACGGAAUAAAAGUGCGAGCAAUCUGUGAAACAUGUAGCAUUAAAUCAAAUAUGGUGGCUGAUGAUCGCGCAAAAAAUAUGGAUAAAAUUGCGAGUUUCAUCGCUUGCGAGCGUAAGGUUGACGAUUCUCUUGGUGGUUGGUUACGUCACGCUACGAGUGGUCAUUUUCUCGUAUCCACUUAUCUGGUAAUAAAAUUUCUAUAUGCAGCGAAUGCACUUCUACAAUUUCUUUUAAUUAAAAAAAUGCUCGGUGUUAAUAGCGUUUGGUGGGGUUAUGAAGUUUUUUCCGAUCUUAUCAAAGGAAUUGAAUGGCCUGAAACCGGAAAUUUUCCAAGAGUCACUUUAUGUGACUUUUCGGUGCGCGUUCUCGGUAAUCUUCACCGACAUACCGUUCAAUGUGUCCUCAUGAUUAACAUGUUUAACGAGAAAAUUUUUAUUUUUCUAUGGUUUUGGAUGUUUUUUGUAGCUUCAAUCAGCAUCGCUAGUCUAAUAUAUUGGUCAGUAAUAAGUUUAUCGAGUCGUAGUGGUCGUGCUAUUAUUUACAGUUUUCUUGAAAAGCAUGAUGAAACAAUAGUGCGUGAUCGUCGUAAGCAUUCACUCGUUGAUGAAUUUAUUGGCGAAAAUCUCCGAGCGGAUGGCAUAUUUCUUCUUCGCUUGAUUCGAAUGAACUCUGGUGAUAUCGUAACUUAUGAACUUAUUAUAAAACUUUGGCAAAAAUUCACUUCGAAUCGACUUAAUCCUCCACCAUAUUUAGAACCCCUUUUACCUGAAAAGGGUAAUCGAGAUGAUCUUUAA